AAACGGGUUUAUUACGUUGAAAUAGUUGCCAAGUUCCAAGUGCCAAGUUCCCCUUUAACACAAAGGUAAAGGUAAAUGUGUUUGUUAAUGGAGCAAGAGCCAGGGAGACCCAGAAAGCUUAAAGACUGUUUUAAAUUAAUCUGGUAUGAUUCCUGGAAGUCGCACUUGCAUGUGAAGUGUUAAGAGCCCGUUCAUGGCAUUGUUUACACCGGCGCUUGAGCUCUCCCCUCCCCCCGCUCCUGCAGCUCGACUCUCCUCCAUCCCCCUCCCCCUCCUAGCGUUGCUGCACUCGGUGAUUUCACCAGCUGAUUUCGGGAGAGGGGGAAACAGUCUAGGAAACGGCAGUUGAAGAAACACGAGGAACACAAUGGAAUAACAGCACGACUUAAGUUUUCAUCAAGUGCACUUUUUAUUCGGCUUUCAUAUCGUUAACAAGGCGAGCUAGCUAUGAAAUUAGUGGCAAGGUAGCCAGCGAGCUAGCGUUAAAGCUAGCCAACUUUAUGCACCAGGUUAGCCUGUGCAGCUAGCUCGCCAUCGUGUUCUGUUUUUUUUUAACGGACUUUGCUUUCAUCGCAUGUGUUUCCGACUUUUUUAAGGGAACAUUGGAUCUGUGGUCGUGUGCGUUAGUGCGUCCGGGCAGCGCUAUGUAUGAAGCUGGGAAUACAGGUCACUUAGCCGGUACACAUUAGUAGGCAGUGCAGCAGUUGGGAAGCUAACGCUAAGUCAUUUUCUCCAUUUCUUUGACCAGUAUUUCGAAAAGAGCUAAUGUAACUUCAUCAUAGACGUGCACUGCAUUUAAGUUUACACAAUUUGUUGUUUGUUUAUGGAAUAGCUACCCAGAGCGUUUGCAAUUGAACGCAAGACUAUCCAAUGUUUAUGAAAUACCACUGGAACGGUCAGACAAAGAUUUUAGUUGCCAGUCGUAAAGGGCUCGGGAAGCUAGCCGGCUAAUGUGUCCGCUAACGUUAAGGAUUUCUUCACAUCAGAUACGUGCUGUUGUGGUCGACAUUUUUCCAGGUUGGUAUCGUCUUUCCAACCUAGAUUUGCUUGCUAAAUUCCUGAGACUAAUCUCACUCAGUAAGGGUUAAUGCUAGCGUGAACUGAUCCCAGAGUAGCUUGUGUUGAUGGUUGAUUGGAUGCCAUGACGGGUGAAAUUAACGUUAGUCACAGUGCCGUGCUGCGAACUGGGUCAUUCUCCUCUUCAGCCUGAUGCCCUUUACAUUUAGGAAGUGGUUUGAGACGAACUAUCUCCACAUUAGCCCUACCGGAGGCCACUGUUAGUUUCUGCCGGUGAAGUGGCGUAAACGUUACCGGCGACUUUAGACUUGUUGAUGGCUCCUCCGUACCUCUCUGCUCCUUCUGGAUGAAGCCAGACAUUUGACUUGUCAUCUUCCACCGGGCGCCGGCGUGCAGUAGAAGGCGUCGACUCAUGUUUACACUGCGUGUCACUUUCUAAAAGGCCUAAAUAACUCUGGAUCGAGCGCUGAUAAUAUUGAUGGGAGGUCUUUUCUGAGUCUAACCGAGUCCCACGAGCGGCCCCGACGAGAUCAGCCGGGGAAUGGCAUUCCAUGGCACGGGCCGGCAGGCGGUGUGCGGUAACUUGUUCCCCGGAUCGGAGAUAGGCCACAAAUACUUCUGCGUCAGCACCUCCGCGCCCGGUACCACAUCGACAGGCCAGUCCGCCUCCACCACCACCAGCGGCCCUAUUGCCCCCGCCGGCACGCCCCGACACCCGGCUUCCCUCAUCGGCAGCACCGGGGGAGGAGCCGCCGUCCCCCAGCCGCACAGCAACCCCGCCAGCGAGGUGCCCAGUGCUGCCGAGAUGGAGCCCGACCGACCCAUCGGCUACGGGGCCUUCGGCGUGGUCUGGUCCGUGACGGACCCUCGAGAUGGGCGUAAAGUGGCGUUAAAGAAGAUGCCGAAUGUCUUCCAGAACCUGGUGUCCUGCAAGCGCGUCUUCAGGGAGCUGCGCAUGCUCUGCUUCUUCAAACAUGACAAUGUGUUGUCAGCGCUGGACAUCCUCCAGCCUCCACAGAUCGACUGCUUUGAAGAAAUAUAUGUCAUCACUGAGCUGAUGCAGAGUGACCUUCAUAAGGUGAUCGUGUCACCACAGGCCCUCACUACUGACCACAUCAAGGUGUUCCUCUACCAGAUACUCAGAGGGCUGAAGUAUCUGCACUCUGCAGGGAUUCUACACAGAGACAUCAAACCAGGAAACCUGCUAGUCAACAGCAACUGCCUGCUCAAGAUCUGUGACUUUGGCUUGGCCCGUGUGGAGGAGCCGGACCCUUCACGGCACAUGACGCAGGAGGUGGUGACGCAGUACUACCGGGCCCCAGAGGUGCUCAUGGGUAGUCGGCACUACGGUCCCGCCAUCGACGUCUGGUCUGUGGGCUGCAUCUUCGCUGAGCUGCUGGGGAGACGCAUCUUAUUUCAGGCACAGAGUCCCAUUCAACAGUUGGACCUCAUCACUGACCUGCUGGGGACUCCGCCCCUUUCUGCCAUGGCAACAGCCUGUGAGGGAGCCAGGGCUCACAUCCUGAGAGGACCUCACAAACCGCCCUCUCUCUCAGUGCUGUAUAUGCUGUCGGAUGCUGCUACCCAUGAGGCCGUUCACCUGCUGUGCCGAAUGCUUGUUUUUGACCCGGCGAAGCGUAUCUCUGGCAGUGACGCUCUGUCGCACCCCUACCUAGACGAGGGGCGUCUGCGCUACCACACCUGCAUGUGCCAGUGCUGCUACUCGCUGCCCAGUGGCCGAGUUUACACACGUGACUUCGAGCCGCCCGCCGCACGAGCAUUCAGCCACAGCUAUGAGGAGAGCAUGCUGUCAGUGUGGCAGGGGAAAGAGCUCAUCCAUCGUUUCAUCACUGAGCACCAACAGGGGAAAAGAGUUCCACUGUGUAUCAACCCCCAGAGCGCCGCCUUCAAGACCUUCAUAAGGUCUACUGCGUGGCAUUCCUCUAAGGUGUCCAGAAAGGAGGAGAGAUGAAGAACGGCACAAGCCGGUGGACUUAUGGGAGAUGGAUUUUAGCAUAGCCUGGAGAGUUGAUUAAUGGGAAAUGGAGUUUAUCAUAGCCUGAAGAUUGGACUUUUGGGACAUGAAGAGUUGACUUCUGGGAGACGGAGUUUUAUGAAAAGACGAGUGGGCUUAUUUAUCAUGUACAGAACUGAAGAUGUGUGAUGGGAAAUGUCCGGUCGGUUAGUCUCUCACUCACUCUGACACACACGCACACACAUAAUCACACUCACUCACACACACCAAACUCAAGUGUGAUAACUUGUGAUAUGCUAGGAUGUAGAUUUGUGCACAAUACUUAUCUGAACAUACAUGCUCACUUUCAGAUACACACACACACACACACACACACACACACUCUCACACUCUCUCGUUCUCACUUGAUCUCUUUGACACAUAUCCCCACACCUAUGUGUGUGUGUGUGUGCGUGCGCAUGCACGUAUGUGUGUGUAUGUAAUGG